CCGCACCAAAUGCUGAUCACCCUCUUUCCUCUCUCGAGCUCUCUUUACUGAUUGGUCUCUCAUUCACAGCUUUUUUUUACCAAAACUUAAUGGAUUAUUCCAUGCACAGACUCCUCUUCACGGCUCUUCUCAUCCUUGCAUCCGCCAUUGAUGGCACCCGAGGAGAUGCCAUGGUCACAGGCACUGUCUUCUGUGACCAGUGCAAGGAUGGUCAGAGAUCCCUCUUUGAUUACCCCAUUUAUGGAAUUAAGGUUAUGGUGGCGUGCGCCAACAGCGACGGCCAAGUCACGAUGUCGGGAGAAGAGACCACGAACUGGUUCGGAAACUACGCCAUGAGGUUCGACGGGACUCCCGACCUGAGCCGCUGCUAUGCGCAAGUGAUGGGAGGGAGCAGUCAAGGGUCCGCGGGAUGUUCGGCGUCGGCUGGUCCUGCGCAGAGCCUUAGGCUCACAUUCCGGUUGUUCGACAUGGAGUUCUAUUCGGUGGACUCCUUGCUCUCGCAGCCCGCGCAGCCCAUGUCCUUCUGCCCACAGUCUCCCGCACCGGUCACGCCGGCAGUGCCAUCGCCGCCGGCCUUCAAGCUCCCUCCCACUCCACCGCUGCCGCCUGCCCCUUUCUUGGAAGCUUCAGCUUGCCCACACGAGGAAUGGAUGAUGCCGGCAUACAAAUGUUACUGGAGGGCGGUCAACCCUGACACCAAGGUGGCUCUGGUCUUCGGCUUAUUGGCAGCUCGGAGGUAUGGCACCGACGUGACGCUGUGGCAGGGCCUAAAGGGCCGGGGCGACCCAUACAGGACCCUCCUGAGGGAGGGUACCACCGCGUUCCUCAACUCCUACAACAGCAUCCAGUUCCCGUAUCACACCCUUGGUGUGAUCCAGCACGUGAACUGGGCCCUGAUGGGCUCGACACAGGACGUCCUCCUCACGGCGCUGCGCUUCAAGAGGGCCAACUCGGGUUACGGCACCACCACCUGCAAAUUCACCCCUUGCAAGUGAUCGCGAGAUACUCGUCCACUGCUAUACAGAUUGGAUUUGGUUAUUACCUUGCUGAGAUCUUAGCGGACACUUAAAAUAUUUUACAGGGCUAUUUUACGCCUGUGCUACUAUGCCAAUCUUCUGUAUGUUCUAUGCCACGGGGGAUUUUCAUACCGUGAUGUAUUAGUGUUUUUAAGAAUUUAUGCAAAUAAGAGUCAUUCUCGA